AAUCUGUGGCAGCUAAAUCACACAUUCAUUUGCUGUUUGUUGUUUUUGACACCUACAGACACAUUUAGACUCUGAGCUCAGAAAAUGCCUGUUUUUUUGUUGCAUUCCAGUGUGUGUACUUUUUAUACUUGGCAAUGAACUUGCCAUUUUUAAAUGGCAACCAACUAAACUUGAACUUGGGGUGUAAAUGUCUCCUCUUAAGGAGUAACAGAAGAGCAAGAUGAGCAAAGCUACAUUCGGUGAAAAUCUUCAAAAGGGUCCAGACCACAAGGGGGAGACAACGUACGUCAUGUACCACGGAACCACUAUGAAGGCAGCACGAAAGAUCAAGUGCAAGGGCUUCAUUCGGUCUGCAGAUGGCAUGCUUGGCCCAGGCGUCUACGUCAGCCGCAGCUUCGAGAAGGCAGCCUGUUACCCCAUGGGGGCCAAAGGCCAGAAACGAGCAGUGGUCAAGCUGAGCGUCCGCGUGGGCAGAGUGAAGAAGAUUGACAGGCAAGGCCACCACUUACAGAAAAGCUGGCACCAGGCAGGAUACGACACAGCCUGGGUCCCGCCCAACUGUGGCAUGGUGAAAAGUGGGCGUCAGGAGAACUGUGUUUGGGAUCCAAAGAGAAUCAGAGUGCUCUCCAUCCAAAACAACACGAGAGAGAGCAGUGAUGACGAGUCCACAGAUGAGGAUGGCGAUGAAGAUGACGAUGAUGAUGAUGAUGGUGAUGAUGAGACAGACACCAAUAGUGGUGAACUCACAGAUGAGGAUGAGAUUGCCGCUGAUGGUGUCUCUGGUGAAGAGUCCACAGACUCCAGUGCUGAGAGAUCCUCCAGGCACAGCAGUGACACCUCCACAGAUGAAUAUGUAAAUACAGACAACGCAUCUCAAGAUCAUGCUGAUGACAGAUCCUCAGACCACAGAGAUGACGAUGAAGCCAGUGAUGAAGAGGGGUCCAGAUGUGAUGAAAGGACCUAUGAUUAUACAGAGACCAAUGCAAGUGAAUCAAAUGAUGGAGAAUUUAGUAAUGAAUACUCUUACGAGUCCGACGAUGAUUACUAUGUUGGGGUUACAACGGGGUUACAACGUCCAUAUAUCUGCUGUGAUGGAACACCUGCAGGAGCAGGCAUGAGUGGGGCCUCACAGGUCAGAGGCGCUCAGUCUGGCUCGGAGAGCCAAGCCCAGAAGGACUACUGCAUCAUGUACCACGGCACCACCCUGAAGGCGGCCCGCCGGAUCCAGCGCUCCGGCUUCAUCCCGUCCGUGGACGGCUCUCUCGGCCCGGGCGUCUACGUCAGCCGCAACUUCAAGAAGGCUGUCUGCUACCCUGUAACGGGAAAACGGGCACAGAGGCUCGCUGUCCUGAAGCUGCAAGUGCACGUGGGCAAGGUGAAGGAAAUCCAUACAAUAGAUCAUCCCAUGAGAAGGAGCUGGCACCAGGCAGGGUACGACGCAGCCUGGAUCCCAGCCAACACCACGUCAGGGUUUGAGGAACAUUGCAUUUGGGAUCCAAAGCAGAUCACUGUGCUUAACAUCAUAACGGCCGACCACAAUAACUGCUUUAUAGAGCCCCCCAAAGUGUGAGUGUUCACAGAUUACGCUGAAAGCACUAACCAGUCCUAUUUUGCCUUUCUAUUGAUUUCAUUUUUUCUCUUGCUGUUCUUGUAAGAGGCUGUACUCAGUGUGUAUUAAAAAUAACCAUCUCCUCUGGGUGUGAUUAAUUCAGAGCAUAAUGGCUGUGUGGGGUGUGUUAUGUUUGUUUGUGUUAUGUUUGUGAAACCCUACAGUUACUACUCUCAUUUCUAGGUUGAAUGCCGUGGUUUUGGCUUUAUUUCACUGUGAUUGUAUCAUAAAAUUAAUAGAUUAAAUCA